UUUAUCCAUUUGUUUUGUACUUUUUUUUUCCGACCUCUGUACGUGACAAUACAGACAACCUAGACUUCGUCUUCGUCUCCCUCAUUAAGUUCCUCCUCUCUCACCCAAACCCAAACCCAAACCCAAACCUCCCCAGCUCUCAUCAAUGGCUUCAAUACCCAAUCCAGUUGACAAUGAAAAUCCCAACAAAAACGAUACAAAUCCCAAUAACACGAACACCAUUCCCAUCUUCAUCUCCACUGAGUCUUUGCACGCCAUCCUCUCUCACCAAACUCUAAUAAAUCACUUGCAAUCAUCUCUCCCUGCAGCCUCGUCCUCCCUCCAAACCCCAAUUCGCCAAAGCUACUCCGUUUCACAUUCCUCCUCUCUCCUUCUCAUGCCUUCUUGGUCCUCAUCCCCUUCUCUCCCCUACGUAGGUGUCGAGCUCGUCACCUAUUUCCCUCAAAACUCCGCGCUGAACUUGCCAGGAGUGCACGGAAGUUACGUGCUCUUCAGCUCUGUAACUGGGCAAACUUUGGCUUCCAUGGAUGGCACUGUGUUCACCCUUUAUAGAACCUCGUGUGUCUCUGGCUUAGCCUCGAAGAUUUUGGCUAGAAAUGACAGUGAAACGCUUGUGAUGAUUGGUGCUGGUGCUCUGGCACCCCAUUUGAUCAAAGCACAUCUUUCGGCUAGACCCAGUUUGCGAAGGGUGAUCAUUUGGAACAGAACAAUAGAAAAGGCAAGAAAAUUGGCUGAGGAAAUGAGUGAAAAUGCUGGAUUUGUUGGGGUGUGUUUUGAAAGUAAUGAGUGUUUGGAAGAAAUUGUUGGAUUGGGAGAUAUUGUGAGCUGUGCAAUGAAUUCGGAAACACCAGUUGUUAAGGGCGAGAGGUUGAAGGCAGGGGCUCAUUUGGAUUUGGUUGGAUCCUUCAAGCACUCGAUGAUGGAGUGGGACGACGAAGCAAUAAGGAGAGGAAGAGUGUUUGUGGAUAAUGAGGCUGCAUUGGUUGAAGCUGGAGAAUUGGUGGGUGCUUUUGAGAGAAGGGUAAUCGAAAAGGGAGAUAUUGGAGGAAAUUUGGUAGAGUUGAUUAAAGGAGAAAAGGUUGGCAGAAGAAGUUCAGAAGAGAUAACAGUAUUUAAGUCUGUUGGCAUUCUUGCAGCACAAUUGGUUUAUGAAACUUAUAUUGGAAAGCAGUAACUUGUCAAUUUGUUUUCUUUCUCGCACAUUUUGAUUUUGUUAAUUGUUAACAUUUCUAUGUGUCUUUCUCGCACAUUUUGUUUUUUUUAAUAAUUUUAACAUUUCUAUUCUGUCUAA